CCUCAACUUUUGAAAACUUAAUUUGGAUUCCAAGAUGUCAAACUUCCACCUGCGCGGAACCGGUCAGGAGACCCACACCUGUCUCAACGAGGACCAGGUGGUCGUGAAGAAGCGCCUCCAACACGCUGCUAGGGGGCGCCCUAGGCUCACCCUCUGCCGUGGCUGGACCAUCGCGGCCCUGCUGGCCGCCCUCUGGCUGACCUUCCUCGGCGUGUGGCUCUACUUGAGCUACUUUAGCGACGUUGGGGGCGCUGCCGACUCCCGGGCUGUCCGCCGGACUGGCCCCGGGGUGGUCAGUCGUAACAUAGAGGCACACCUGGUCGUGUUGCCGCAGGACUUGGCCGAUGAGACCGGGGCGUACUGUCUGGACGGCAGUCCGCCAUCUUACUACUUCCGCAAUGCGUCUUCCGAUGAACAUCUCAACUCCUGGUUAAUUCAUCUAAUGGGCGGUGCGUGGUGCUACAGCAACGCCCAAUGCGCACGCCGUAGUGCCACCGCCCUGGGGUCAUCGCGCAUGCUCAGUCCAGAGAAACGCUUUGGCGGCAUCCUGUCGUCAAGUUCCACAGUCAAUCCGGACUUUUACGACUGGAAUGUGGCGGUCGUAAACUACUGCGACGGAGCCUCGUUUUCUGGUGACCGAGAAGAUCCCGUCACACAUAGCAACACCAAGAUGUACUACCGGGGCUCCAGGGUGCUGGAUGCCAUCAUAAGUUAUUUACUCCAAUCAGCAGGACUACAGAGGGCCGACAGGGUCAUUUUGAGCGGCGCAUCUGCCGGGGGUCUUGCUGUCUACCUUCACGCUGAUCGUGUCGGUAGCAUGGUUCCCAACGACGCCUCCUUCAAAGCCGUGGCAGACGCGGGUUUCUUUGUGGCUGAUGAGGCGGACACCAGCGGUGAAAAGUGGUGGGAAAACGCCAUGAAGGACGUCUACCAAAUGCAACAGGUGGAAGGGAGUCUUGAUGAAGACUGUCUACUGGCCAAAGAAAAGAACAGGUCGGAGUGUUUCUUCGCGCAGUAUGCCUACCCUCACGUCACCACCCCCAUGUUCAUCAUCAACUCCGUCUACGACAGUUGGGCUGUGCAGAACAUCCUCAAAGUACGCUGUCGCCCUUCGGGGUGCAGUGAGGAGGAGCUCCGGGUAAUUGGGGAGCACAGGCGGACCUUCCUGCAGCGUACGGACCAGAUCAACCGUUACAACAAAGACGGCAUGUUCCUGACCUCCUGCUACGAUCACAUCCUGGCCUCCCUCGACUCUCCCUGGAUGACCUACAAAGUGGCUGGCAGAACGACUAGGGAGGCCUUCGCCGACUGGUAUUACGAGCGGACGACGCCGGCAGAGACGCGGGAUGUAGACUGUGACUCAAGUCUGACGUGCAACCCCACCUGCAGCAGCAACUGAAUGGGAUGUUAAGAAGCGCUUCUGAUACGGCAGGCGACUAACUUUCCGGAAUGAAAAAUGCAUGAAAAAAAAGGGCGCUCUUUAAACAAUGAAAGCGAAGUGAGGGCGCUCACUUUUGCUUGUUUUUGUGAGUAGUGAGCCCCCAACUAUCAGAAUUUUCCAGGAUUUAUUAAAAAAAACACCUGUCGUUUUUCCUCAUUUUUGCCCAAGGUAUCAUUAAUUUUCUUAUCACAAGGUAUAUGACAUUAUGUAUCC